UGUCCAAACUCAGCAUCAGUUGCAUGGCUCACACAGUUGAUCAAUGUGGGUCGCAUUAGACUAGUGUAUUGGGACAGAGUUGUACACCAGACUGUUUACAAGUGUUUUCUGUCUAGGAUUGUAGUACUGUGACAACCAAUGGGCCACAAGUCCUGAGGAAGCUGACAGUGUGUCUUCAUAACUGUGUUGUGUUGGGAAAUAUCCUCGCAAAAAUGAUCUUAUAGUCUGAAUCAAUACUCCUCGGAAUAAUGUUGAAAAUGAUAUGGAGGAAAUAGAAGUGUUUUCAUGCAAGCCAUCCAGCACUGGAGAAAAUGUGAAACUCUUCCUGGAGGAGGAGGAGUGUUAUCCUUUUGACUGUGGUGAGGUGGUUGGCAUUGACAUCCCAGAUUCUGGCCAGGAAGUACAGAGGAUUAGUGUGAUCCACAAUCUGCCAGACUUACUACGAGACACAGAGAGCCAUGAUGAGUGUAUGCGAAGAGUCGUGCCUAAAGUGCGGGAGGUGCUGUAUGUGGCCCAGACGGAGAUGCAGCUGGCAGCUUCAUCAGCCUUCCUACAGAUUCUACAGAAAAACCUUGUCCCCAUACAAAACUACACACAGACAUUCCUACAGACCAUCCUCAACAGUGUGGACGCUAGAGAUCCAGAUGUGGCCAGUGCCUGGUUAGAGACUCUACUGGACGUCAUUGACCUACUCCCUAAAGAUAUCAUAAAGAAAGAGAUUUUGAACAUCGCCAUUGCUAAAGGCCAGCUAUCACAGGCGGUGCAUUCUCGCCUCUCUUGCUGUAAAAUCCUUGGAAAGAUUGCCACCAAGUUUGAACCAUUUGUAAUUAAAAAGGAAAUCCUGCCGGUGGUACAGUCACUCUGUCAGGAUGUGGAUUAUGAAGUGCGGGGAUGUAUGUGUCGACAGCUUGAUUCCGUGGCCCGGGGGUUAGGCCUUGAACCAACAAAAAGUGCAAUACUGCCUGAACUGGUGGAACUUACAAAUGAUGAGGAGGGCUUUGUACGAACAGCUGGUCUAGAAACAGUCGUCAGCAUACUUAGUCUGUUGGAUGAGGACACCUGCAAUAACACUAUCAUCCCCCUGGUGUGUAAGUUCUGUCAGCAGGCGAUGCAGAACGAAGAUAGUACCCUGCCAGUCGUAGCCAAACAACUCGGCCGCCUCGCUCACGGUCUACAAGCACAUCUGACAGACGAGCAGAAACAGUGGUUUGUAGACUACUACAGAAAGUUAUGUAGGGUCGGUCUUUCUUCUGAACGUGCCAAAAACACUAAGGAGGCGGAGUCUGAACAAUCCAAGGUUACAGACAUGCCACAAUCUGAUGAAGAUGAUCAGUGUUUAGAAUGUAGGAAAAAUGCUGCCUUUAAUUUUCCUGCGAUGUUUGUGUUUGUUGGACCCAAGCACUUCAAGGUCGACUUGCUGGGCAUUUUCUCUAGUCUCUGUAAAGAUCCGAACAGCCAAGUCAGGAAAACUGUGGCCAGUGGUUUCCAUGAGGUCACCAAGUUGUUAGGGUCACAGGUACAUAUACUUCAACACGACCUCAUCAACUUGCUCAAGGAUGAUUGUAUAGAUGUGUUGCGUGGUAUUUUGACGAACAUUGUUGAUAUUUUGGAUUCCUUCCUCGGUUCGUCCUCGAGCAAUCACACACUGUCCGAGGCAAAGAUGAACAGUCUAGGGGAGGUAAUUCCAGCGAUAUUGGCGUCGGAUGAGGUGGUGUCAAGUUUCAACAACUGGAGAUUACAAGAAGAACUAAUGACCAGUCUGGCAAGCUUGACCCGUUGUUGUUCCAACGAAGUCCUCUACACCAAAGUCAUACCUGUACUCUUCAACAAACUCAAAACGGCGCGAGCGAUACCUGUACGACAUGCCUGUGCGAGAUCAUCUCUUAUUAUCAUCCGGACACUUAAAAAACUGGAACAGAGGGAAGAACUUGUCAACCGCCUUGUUACAGAGUUCUGCCAUGGGAGGAGCUGUCAUCAAAGGAGCUUGUUCAUAGACAUUUGUAAAUUUGUGAUAGAACUAUAUUCUAAGACAUUUUUUAAGAAAUAUUUUUAUGAAGUUGUGUUAGAACUGCACAAGGAUCCAGUGCCUAAUAUACGAUUACGAUUGUGUUCAUUACUUCCACCCCUGAAGAGACUCAUCAAACUUCCGACGGACCGUAACCUGCUGCAGCAGCUGGAUCUGUGUGUGAGGAAGCUGCUGGUUGCAGAGAAGGACAAAGAUGUCCAGAACGCCAUUAAAGUGGCUGUUGAAGAAUUAGAUAAAAUUCAUGUUCAAAUGGAAUCGUUAUCUAGAAGGAUGCUGUUUGAACAAGAUCUAGUGGACCAGAAAAAGGAGGAUGAGGAAAAACUGCUCAUAGAAUUAGAAGAAAAAGACCAGAAAAAGGAAGAAGAAGCAGCAGAGAAAAAGAAAGGAGAAAAACGUAAUUCUGUGACCUCCGCUGCUACAAAAAAGGGGGAUAACGGAAGUAAAAUUCCUGGCCCACGCAAAGGUUCUAAAAAUUUAGCUGUAUCAGGCACGACAUCGCCAAACACAUCCACUACUAAAGAUCUCACCAGUUUUAAGUUUAUUUAUCCACCAUAUUUGCAACCUGAAGAUAUCCAGAACAGAAUUGGAAAAAAUAGCAUAGCCAAAUCAAAGUCGACAAACAGUUUGUCUCAGAUUCCUCGCCGAGGUAAGACAAUUACAGAAAAUAUAGGGAAACCAGACUCGCCCAAACCUAUUAGAAGCAAAAUACCGGCAGCCAAAGUCAAGACUCUGUCUAACAAUGACUCAGGGAAGAAAGACGCGACAGUCUCUAAGUCAAUGCCUAACAAGGCCCUGCCUCGGCUGAGUCGUCUCCCCUUGUACAGCUCCCAGCCAAAUCUACAUUCCUCUCAGAGCAAGUCCCCCGUUGGUCGAGGGUCAGGCAGCAAGACCGGCUCCGGUACCAGCAAGGGAGCUACAGCACGUUCAGGAGCACUACAGGCUCCCGGGAGUGCAGGAACUAGCAGUAGGGGAUCAACGACAGGCCUGGCCUCCAGUCCAAACAACUCCGGGAGGCGGGGUUCCUUUGGUAAUAUGGCCAGUAGUGAGUCGGCAUCAGUGAAAUCCUCUAAAGGAAGUAACGGUGCAGUUCCUAGUACUAAGGAGAAGAUUAAUAGGAAGAAAUCAAAAUGAAUUCAUCAUCCAUUGACAAAGAAAAUGUCUGUCCAAGAAACUGACCAUUGUAUAUAAACAGGUGUAAUAUGGACUGGUCAGUUGGCCUAUCUGUACAAGGGAGCACUGGUCAGACAUGAGGAAGGAGAGUGGGCCGGAUUAUUGAUACUGGUGUGUCAAUUGGUCAACCUACCUUCACAAUCCUCUGUUCACAGGGGUCAAUGAUCAGUGACCGAUGAUUGUAGAGCAAGUGAGCAUUGGCCAGCCAAAGGAGGAAGGCUGGACACAGGCUAACUGUUCACUUGUGCAAUUGCUGUUAACAGAGAACGUAAGCUGAGGAUGAUACCACGAAACAUUAGUGUCAUCAAUCCUGAGGAUGAUACCACGAAACAUUAGUGUCAUCAAUCCUGAGGAUGAUACCACGAAACAUUAGUGUCAUCAAUCCUGAGGAUGAUACCACGAAACAUCAGUGUCAUCAAUCCUGAGGUUAAUACCACGAAACAUUAAUGUCAUCAAUUCUGAGGAUGAUACCACAAAACAUUAGUGUCAUCAGUCCUGAGGAUGAUACCACAAAACAUUAGUGUCAUCAGUCCUGAGGAUGAUACCACGAAACAUUAGUGUCAUCAAUCCUGAGGAUGAUACCACGAAACAUUAGUGUCAUCAAUUCUGAGGUUAAUACCACGAAACAUUAGUGUCAUCAGUCUUGAGGUUAAUACCACGAAACAUUAGUGUCAUCAAUCUUGAAGAUGAUACCACGAAACAUUAGUGUCAUCAAAUCUGAGGUUAAUACCACGAAACAUUAGUGUCAUCAAUUCUGAGGAUGAUACCACGGAACAUUAGUGUUAUCAAUCUUAAAUAUGAUACCACGAAACAUUAACUUCCUCAAUCUUUAGGAUGAUGCAGUGAAAUGUUAAUGUCAUCAAUCCUAAGGAUGAUACCACAAAAAAUCAGCAUCAUGAACAUCGAGAAUGAUAACACAAAAUCUUAGUGUCAUCAGUCCUGAGGAUAAUACCACGAAACAUUAGUGUCAUCAGUCCUGAGGUUAAUACCACGAAACAUUAGCGUCAUCAAUCCUGAGGAUGAUACCAGAAAACAUUAGUGUCAUCAGUCCUGAGGAUGAUACCAUGUUACAUUAGCGUCAUCAAUCCUGAGGACGAUACCAUGUUACAUUAGCAUCAUCAAUCCUGAGGACGAUACCAUGUUACAUUAGCAUCAUCAAUCCUGAGGACGAUACCAUGUUACAUUAGCGUCAUCAAUCCUGAGGACGAUACCAUGUUACAUUAGCGUCAUCAAUCCUGAGGACGAUACCAUGUUACAUUAUUGUCAUCAAUCCUGAGGACGAUACCAUGUUACAUUAGCGUCAUCAAUCCUGAGGAUGAUACCCUGUUACAUUAGCGUCAUCAAUCCUGAGGACGAUACCAUGUUACAUUAGCGUCAUCAAUCCUGAGGAUGAUACCAUGUUACAUUAGCGUCAUCAGUCCUGAGGAUGAUACCACGAAACAUUAGUGUCAUCAAUCCUGAGGACGAUACCAUGUUACAUUAGCGUCAUCAGUCCUGAGGAUGAUACCACGAAACAUUAGUGUCAUCAAUCCUGAGGACGAUACCAUGUUACAUUAGCGUCAUCAAUCCUGAGGAUGAUACCAUGUUACAUUAGCGUCAUCAAUCCUGAGGACGAUACCAUGUUACAUUAGUGUCAUCAAUCCUGAGGACGAUACCAUGUUACAUUAGCUUCCUGUGGCUACAAAUACAGACAGUUAUAUGUUCUCAGUUCAGUUGUUUACUACUUCAGCUUCUAAUUGAUGACCAGAUACAAUUUAUUCCUGUUUUAAUUAAGAAUAUUUCAAAAUGUCCAGAGAAGUGUUCAUGUAUUAAAAAGUAAAACAAUAUACUGCUGAUACCACCUGUUACUGUUGUGUAAAGCUUCUGGCAAUCAGUGUUACAGUCUACCAGGCACCUGGCAUGCUCCUAGUAGUAGGGGCCAAAUGCGGUGCAGAUCCACAUGUGGUUCUGCUUGUCUACUUCUACAAAAAUUGCUGUGAUGAACAGAAGGAAACUUUCAUUAAAUUAUAAAACAUGCUUCAUACUUAGGAGAUAAUGGAGAAGAAUCCAUUCCAUUUCUCCUCUCCAGUAAUGUGAUGAUUCUUCCCUUCUGCUGUGAGACUUAAUAUCCCCUUAUAAAGAGGAUGUGAACUUUUGACCUUUUCUGCUGAUGUAUUGUGGGAAACACAAAGUGUUCUUUUCCUUUUUUAAUGUCUGAUAUGAUGUAAAGUAUGUAUGAUAGAUCAAUGAGUCCAUGAAAGAUGUUGUCUUUUUUUUUUUUUUUUUUUUUAAAUCUAUCGGAAGACUUUUUCCAAUAAGGCAUUUUUUUUGUUUUCGUUUUGUUUUGUGUUUUUUUUCCCCCAUAGAAAAAUUCACCGUAGAUAUUCAUAAUUUAUUUUUAUAGUCAAUUAAUUGUGAGGUUUGAAAUUAAGCCAUUCCAUGGACACAUCACUGCUGUCAUUGCUCAUGUGUGUGGAUCCUGUACUACAUCAACGGGAUCACUUAAUAUUUGAGACUGUAAUCAGAUAUUUACACGAAGUUUCAUAUUUUCUUAAUAAUCUGAACUUUUCAUCUUAGUCUUUUGCAAAAGAAAGUUUGACAGUGUUAAGUUAUAUCCUCUGGCUCAUUGUGUUAUUGAGGGAGAAAUACAAUCACUCGAACCAGAAGUAAACAUUAUAGGAAAGCGAGUAUCAUGAGUUUUUACUUAUAAACAAAAUCAAAAUGUCUUUGACUUUUCUUCUGGUAAUUAUCCUUUAGUAAAUUUUGAGCAAAAGUGAGAGAACUAAAAUAUCACGACCACUAAAAAUGAACCAAUUAUCUUACAUAUUAUGGAUGGCUUAGCAGACUUAAUCAUGACAUUUUAACUUUUAAAUGUCGCCAAUCAAUGCACAAUAGUCUAAUACAUGUUUGUUGAUAUAAGUGCUAUCUGAUUUAGAAAUACUUACGUUAAUAUAUUUAUUGUACAAAAACUUUGUACUGCUGAGGUCUUUAAGAAUCUUUUCAAUUGUCAAAAAGUCACCACUGUAGUAUAUGUGUUAGUAUAAUGAAUUGUGUAUAAGUAUUUCUUAUGAUAGAAUGAAAAUUGAUAUGAUGAUAGAGUAAAAUUAACAUGUUAGCAAAUUAAAUUUUUAUAAUAUUUUGACAUUAAAAUGUAAUGUGUCAACUGAUUAAAAAUCAGUAUGUUGACACAUUGAAAAUGGAUAUAUUUAUAUUCAAAAUUGAAUGUUGACAGAUUGAAGUUCAAUAUGUUGACAAAUUAGAAAUUCCCAUGUUGACAAGUAAGUGAGCUGUCACAGUGAACGUGGAUUGGUACGGGUUUACAUGUCCUACAUAUCACACUGGUUAAUUAGUGUACCAGCAAUACUAGCAAUACUAUCUGUACAGGGCCAGGCUGUAGACAAUGCUGUGUAUUCAUUGUUCCCUAACACAGCAAACCUACAGCCUCAAUUUAUCAUCAAACUGCAAUUCUUAUCAUUGUUUAUACUCCUAUGAUUUUUUUUUUUUUUUUUUUUUAUACAUUUUUGCACAUUUCCCCCUAUUUGUGUCUACUCCUGUUUACCCGGGUAUUUUCGUGAAAUAUUAUACAAUAAUGUAUAGGAAAUGCCUGAAUAUGUCUAGUGGCCUAUAUAUUUGGGAAUAUGCAUAAUUUGUGCCUUCAAGAGAAUGAUCGUCAGUAUAAUGAAAGUGACGAGGUUAUCACCUGUGAUCUCUAAUGAAAUUCCAAUUCUUGCUAGACUAGUCUGUAGCCGUAAUUAUUUCCUGAUCUUAGUAUUCCCUAUAAAUUGGUUUCCAUUGAGGAAUUUUAUCUGGUAUUUCUCUCUUUAAAACUUACAUCUGCACCAUCAGGAUUCUGUUGUAUGUAAUGGAUGUUGUUUGGAUAGGUAAACUCAGAAAUAAGAUUUGACCAUAUCUUAUUUAGAAUUCAUUUCCAUUUUGAGUAAUUAAUUGUUGCAGUGAAUGGAAGGAUUAAGAGGAUUACACUCUCCUAGCUUUUAUUUUGGUGCCUUAUUAUAUAAUAAUCUGACACUGUUCACAACUCACUGCAUAUUUUCUGUUCUGUUUCCAUUGAUUUUAGGAACAUUGAAGACCAGUUACAAUGAAGAUCAAAUUGUAUGCAAAAGACAUUCACCUAAAGUUGAUAACAUCACUGUAAAGUAAGACUAUCUUCCCCCCCUGUAUUUAAACAUUCACCUAAAGUUGUUAAGAUCACUGUAAAGUAAGGCUAUCUUCCCCCUCUGUAUUUAAACAUUCACCUGAAGUUGAUAACAUCACUGUAAAGUAAGACUAUCUCCCCCCUCUGUAUUUAAACAUUCACCUAAAGUUGAUAACAUCACUGUAAAGUCAGGCUAUCUUCCCCCUCUGUAUUUAAACAUUCACCUAAAGUUGUUAAGAUCACUGUAAAGUCAGGCUAUCUUCCCCCUCUGUAUUUAAACAUUCACCUAAAGUUGUUAACAUCACUGUAAAGUAAGGCUAUCUUCCCCCUCUGUAUUUAAACAUUCACCUAAAGUUGAUAACAUCACUGUAAAGUAAGGCUAUCUUCCCCCUCUGUAUUUAAACAUUCACCUAAAGUUGAUAACAUCACUGUAAAGUAAGGCUAUCUUCGACUUCUGUAUCUAAGGUUGGGAAUGCACUGACCAGACUCAGAGUAUUCUCCCUUAUAUAAUUUGUUAGAGUUACUCCCCUUGUACAGUAAUUGGAGAGUAUUCUCCCUUAUAUAAUUUGUUAAGAGUUACUCCCCUUGUACAGUAAUUCAGUACAACUUCCAUACUGGUCAACAGUAAGAAGUUUUAAUAAUGAUCAUAAUGAAAAAAGUUCUGUUUUGAAAUAUUCAAACUUUGAGCAAUAAGCAUUCUGGAAAAUCCUUAUAAAAUGCUUGCUUUAACAAACAUAUGUAUGAAAUGAUUUAUAAACAUCUAGAAGGCAUUCUUUACAAGGAAAACAUUACAUAUCAUGAAGGAGGAAGCUGUCCUUAUCUUGAAGUAUGGAAGUGGUGGAUAGAUCUUAUUAUUAUUUGAAUGGUCUUUUGCAUUCAAAAGUUGAUAAAAAUCAAAAUUACACACCACACUUUUAAUUUAGUGAAAGGAUGGAAUAAAUGAAUUAUUUAGGAAAAAAAAAAAAAAAAUCCAUUCCUAAAUUUUAUUUUCUUUGAACAGUUUAAGAAAAGGUUGGAAUUGUUACAAUUGUAAGUAAAAAGUCAAACAUUAUGAAUUAGAAUUAGUUGUACAGGACAUUCAUAAUGGGGCCAGUUGUAUCAUCAAUAGUUGAUACACCGGACCAAGUAGAUUCCAUUGUAUACAAGUUGUAGUUAUAAUCGUCCAUAUUUAUAAUUAUUGCUCUGAGAAAGUACAUUCCAUUCCAAAUGGCACGUUGAACUGACAUAUCAGGUUUUUGACUUGUUGUGUACAGAUUGAUGAACCAUAUAUAGAAUAAUUAGGGGAUAUGCUUUUGUAGCCCCAAGUUUUUCUUCUGUAAGGGAUAUUAUAACCGUGUGAAAUGCCAAACAACUCUAGACUGUCAUCCAAGUUUUCCUUUAUAAGGAAAACAGACAUGUACAAAACGUUCCUCAGGUCGACAGUGACAGUUUUGCAAUAUAUCGUGAAUAUAUGAUGUACUGGGAAAAUCCAGGCUGUAGACCCUGUCUGGCUGUGUGGGAGAGGUCAGAGGUGAAAGGUCGUGAGAGAAAGUGACUGAGGUUUAGGAGUGUGAAGUAUAUAAGAAGAGAUAUAAUUGCUGUGUGAAGUUCCAUUAGACCCAUCAGUGAGUUUGAUCUGAAUGUAAAUCUUAAGAAAUCUCUAGCUUCUGGGAAAAUGAAAUAUGUUCUGUGUAGGUUCACGAGCCAUGAAUAAAAGAAAGCUAAACAUUU